CAAGAUUCUGCUCCAACGUGCAAGGCAAAAACCACUUAGCAGUGGACUAAAAGCAAUAUUCCUGGUUUCAUAUCUGAAGAAGGCUGGCUGUCUGGAAGUCCAGAUAUAAAUUAAACGGACUGCAGUUUGUAUUGUAUCCUCUAAUUUAAUAGUGAAUACCCUUAUUGAGUAGUGUAGAUACAUCAGGUAUACACUUCUUCGUACUUUUUCUACUACGAAUGUUCGGGUUACUCAUCGCCAUUCAUGCAAAAGGUUCAUCGAGAAAUUCAUUAUUAUAUUCUGAUUAGCCGAAAUAGGACAUAUUCCACGUGUCUGCGCAAGUUUUUGAUUUUCAAGAAACCAGCGAACAAAGGAUUAAUUCCUGUUUUGAAAGACUUAUUUCGCAUUUAAACUACAAAAAAAAAAAAAAUAAAUAAAAUGGCACAAGUUAUCAAAAGGAUCUUGCCCACUUUGGACCGCAUUCUGAUUCAACGUGCUGAGGCAAUCACUACCACAAAAGGUGGUAUUGUGCUUCCAGAUAAAGCUGUGGGCAAAGUUCUCCAAGGUACUGUCGUUGCUGUUGGGCCCGGUGCAAGGAAUCCGCAAAAUGGUAACUAUAUCCCAGUGGGAGUGAAAGAAGGUGACCGCGUGCUUUUGCCAGAAUUCGGCGGCACUAAAGUGGAGCUGGAGGACAAGAAAGAGUACAUUCUUUUCCGCGAAUCUGACAUUCUUGCUAAAUUGGAAUAGAAUUCUCGAAUUUUUCAUAAUGUGAAUAGUGUAUGACCUUUUGUUUGAGAUAAGAGGGUCAAAAUUUUGUUUCUUAGUUUGUAAAUUCCAUUUACUAUGAUGUAGACUAGUUUACAAAAUGUUCGCACAUUGUUGGUGUGGUCAUGUAAACGUGUUGUGUGGUUGAAAAGAAAAUAAAACGGUUUUACGCUUUGUUUCUGGAAA